AUGUCUGACUAUUCCCCAAUAGAGGGACGGCUCAUGGACACACUCCACCGCCGCCAAAACACGAGCAUGAUCAAGUCAUAUUGGUACAGUCAACUCCGCUCAUCGGGAGCGCUAUUAGAUGCAAAAGCAGUCUCAUCCCCCAAAGACCGAGCGGCGACCGCGUCCAGUCAAUAUACCCCGUCCACUGGAAACAGUAGCGGGUUGACGGAGUCGUCGACGCGUGGCCCCAACACGAUGACUUUGUCCCGCUCAGCCUCGUUCCGCAGUCCCUCUUCUCCCAGCACUCGCCGCCGCCGUCUGCAUGCUGCAGCCCUCUCCGCAGAACUUCAUUGUGCACUUGAUCUCCGUGAACGGUUUGGCACUUUGGCAAAACCGCUUUUUCAAAGUUUUUUGCUUCCACAAUUUGAGGCGCACGAGACAUGUCCGACGCUGACGGUUGUUCUAGAUCUUGACGAGACGCUCGUUAGUAACCGUAAUGGAGCCCUGUCGGCUGCCAUUCUACGCCCGUACUGCCUGCAUUUCCUCAAUGCCCUUCGCCACAUGAAAGGGUUGGAGGUCGUCUUGUGGACAGCGUCAAAGAAGGAAACGGCGUUGCCGGUGGUGGAGCAAUUGAAUGAAAGGGGAACCGUUUUUGAUGAAGUGAUAUACCGUAAUGAUAUGUGGUUCACGGAGCCGCUUCAUACCAAAGAUCUACGUCUGUUGGGACGAGACAUGGACCGUCUACUUAUCGUUGAUAAUGCAGCAAACUGCUGCAAGCUCAAUCCACGAAACAGUCUUCUUGCGGAUGACUUUUAUGGAUCCCGUAGCGAGGAGGACGCGACACUAGUCAAUGUGUACUACAUCAUUGAACGACUUCUUAAAGGGUGUCAGGAGGACAUACCGGUGAAGGACGCGUUGUAUAGGCUAGCGACAGAUGGCCAAUUGUGCAGUCCUUUAGUGUUGACACUGCCUGAGGCGUGGAAAACUCUGCCACUGCGCGAUAUUGCACCGCUUAAGAUCCCUCCACAUGGUCGUUUUACGCGUGUCCAUCGGGAACCUUUAGACAAAUCCAUUAUGCGCCACUGGACAAUAUAG